UUCGGAUUCAGCGGCCGGAGGAAGAAAACAAGCAAGCAGAUCUGAGCCGCAUUUCAGAGGAUCGAACACCGUCUCAGGCCGCCGGUCAUGGGUUUGACCAAGCAGUACCUGCGCUACGCCGCCAGCGCCGUGUUCGGCGUCAUCGGCAGCCAGCGGGCCAACAUCACAUACGUCACACUUCGAGGCGGGGAAAAGGGCCGCUACGUGGCUGUGGCUGCAUGCGAACACGUCUUCAUCUGGGAUGUCCGAAAAGGAGAGAAGGUCCUGAUCCUGCAGGGACAGAAGCACGAGGUGAGCUUCCUCUGUCCUUCUCCAGACGCUGUUCACAUCGCUGUGGGUUACGAGGACGGUGUGGUGCGGAUCUUCAACCUGCUGAGCGGGGAGAGCAACGUCUCCUUCAAUGGACACAAGUCUGGGGUCACAGUAAUGAGCUACGACGCGCUCGGAGCGCGGCUCGUCACCGGCUCUAAGGACACAGAUGUGAUUGUGUGGGACAUCAUCAAUGAGUGUGGACUGUACAGGCUGAGGGGACACAAGGACCUCAUCACACAGGCCUUGUUCCUUAAAGACAAGAACCUCCUGGUCACAAGCUCUAAGGACACGUUUGUGAAGUGGUGGGAUCUGGACACUCAGCACUGCUUCAAGACCAUGGUGGGACACCGCAGUGAGGUGUGGGGAAUGGCUCUGUUGGACCAGGAGAACCGGCUUCUGACCGGAUCAGCUGACAGCGAGCUCCGCGCCUGGGACAUCAGCUACCUGGAGGAGAAAAAAGCUGAAGGUGAACCCAAAGUGAAGAAGGGAAAAUCUCUGCUGGAGGAAAACGAUGGAGCUGAUGAUGACAGCGAGGAGGAGACCCUGGAAGAGCGCAUCCUGAGCUGCAAGAAGGCCGGCUCCAUCCUGAGAGAAGCCAGAGAUCGGGUGGUCUCCCUGACCGCAGACACCAAGGCCAGAGUGAUCGCCUGUCAUGGGAAUGAUGCAGUACUAGAAGUGUUCACCGUGCUGACGGAACAGGAAGUGCAGAAAAAAAUGACCAAGAAGCUGAAGAAAGCCAAGAAGAAGGCAGCAAAGGUUCAGGAAGACGCAGGCGAUGAGACAGAGCCGGUGGUUGAGAGGACGCUGAAGGACGAGAUCAUCAGGCUAACAAACAUCAAAGCUUCAUCAAAGAUCAGGUGGGUGGACGUCCUGUCUUGUGCAGGAGGAGAGCUGAAGUUUGCUCUGCUGCUUCAAAACAACACAGUAGAAACCUACAGCCUGAAGACCUCCGACAAGAACCCGACAGCCACUAAGACGGCUCGCCUCACGCUGGGCGGUCACCGCACAGACGUGCGCACGCUGGCCUUCAGCUCCGACAACCUGGCCGUGCUGUCAGCCUCUGGAGACACGGUGAAAGUCUGGAACAGGGCAACCCUGCAGGUGGUCCGCACCAUGGCGUGUGAUUACGCCCUCUGCUCCCUGUUUGUGCCUGGAGACAGACAGAUAAUCCUGGGAACGAAGAGCGGGAAGCUGCAGAUCUUUGACUUGGCUUCAGGAAGCCUGCUGGAAACAGUAGAUGCCCACAGCGGCGCGGUGUGGACCCUGUGCCUGGCCCCGGAUCAGAGAGGAAUCAUCUCUGGAAGCGCUGAUAAGACAGUAAAGUUCUGGGAGUUUGAGCUCAUCAAAGACCCAGAGACGAGCCAGAAGCGGCUGACGCUGAAGCACACCCGAACGCUGCAGCUGGAGGAAGACGUCUUGUGUGUGAAGUUUUCUCCUGAUCACAGACUGCUGGCCGUCUCUCUGUUAGACUGCACCGUCAAGAUCUUCUACACAGACACCCUGAAGUUCUUCCUGUCUCUGUAUGGACACAAGCUGCCUGUGCUCUGUCUGGACAUCUCACAUGACAGCACGCUCAUCGCCACCGGCUCUGCUGACAGGAACGUUAAGAUCUGGGGUUUGGAUUUCGGAGACUGUCACAGAUCUCUGUUCGCUCAUGAUGACAGCGUCAUGUUUCUUCAGUUUGUCCCAAAAACUCAUCUGUUCUUCACCGCCGGGAAGGACAAGAAGAUCAAACAGUGGGACGCUGACAAGUUUGAGCUCAUCCAGACUCUGGAGGGUCACCAUCGGGAGGUCUGGUGCUUGGCCAUCAGCCCAAACGGAGAUCACCUGGUGUCGUCGUCUCACGACAAGUCGCUGCGUCUGUGGGAGAGGACGAGGGAGCCCAUCAUCCUGGAGGAGGAGCGAGAGAUGGAGAGGGAGGCGGAGUUUGAAGAGAGCUUGGCUAAAGGACCGGUUCCUGUGGCGGAGCGAAUCAUGGAGGCGCUGGAGCUUUUCAGAGAAGAAAGCAGGAAGCUGGAGGAGCACAAGUACUUCAGUGAGAAAGCUGGCAAAGAGUUGCCUCCUCCUAAACCCAAUCCCAUCCUGGUGGCCUUUGGAAACGUAACCCCGUCCCGCUACGUUUUAGACGUCAUAAAGAAAGUCAGAUCGAGUGAGCUGGAGGUUUCUCUGCUGGUGCUGCCGUUUCCUUACGUCCCUGAGCUGCUAAAGCUCUUCAACAGCUACAUCCAGCAGGGCCUGGAGGUGGAGCUCGUCUGCCGCUGCCUCUUCUUCCUUCUAAAGAUCCACUUUGGUCAGAUCACCAGUAACCAGAUGUUGGUGUCCGUCAUCGAUGAGCUAAAGACCAAUACGCUCUCCAGAGUGUGCCAAAUCAGAGAUUUGCUGGGAUUCAACAGCGCUGCUCUGCAGUUCCUCCAGAGGGAGAUAGAGAGCAAGGAGGAUGUGACCUUCUUCACUGACGCUACGGGCCAACUGGAGGAGAAGAAGAAGAGGAGGAGGAAGAGGGAGCGGGCCGUUCUGACCAUCGCUUAAAUUAAGAACAUUUUUCUAGUGAAGAACCACCUCAUGUCAUUACUUAGGACUUUUAUAUGUGUGAAAAGUGUUAAACCAGCAAAUUUUUUUAUGUACUAAAUAAACAGCUCCUACAAUUUCUCUGAGAUUUGUCUUUUUAAACUCUGCAUUAAUGUGUGAUCAGGUUAAAUGAAGUCCUGGUAGCCUUCCA